AUGGACGACCUCAGUUGGAAGUGCACCGCCGCGUUCUUCCUCGGCAUUGCCACGCACUACUUCGUUUCGUCGCACGUGCGAAGCGACAACUCCUCUUCUUCUGCGUCGUCUGCUGAGAAACGCACCUCCGCUAGCAGUCACAGCAGCAGCAGCAGCACAAAUGAAGAAGCCGCAGCGUCAGGCGCGUCGUCUCAAUCCUCUGCGAGCUCUUCUGACGACUGGGAAGUCGAAGAGCUGGUGCACUAUGUCCCCCACAAGAUGGUCAUGUGCGUGCGCACGGACCUGAAAAUGGGCAAAGGCAAAAUGGCUGCCCAGUGCUGCCACGCGACGUUGGGCGCGUACAAGCGCGCGCUGAAACGGACGCCCGACGCUGUGUCUGCGUGGGAAAGGCUGGGCCAAGCCAAGGUCUGCCUCAAGGUGGACUCGGAGGAAGAAAUGCUCGCUCUGGCGGACAAGGCAGCUGAACACGGACUGGUCAAUUACGUUGUGGUUGACGCUGGUCGGACGCAGAUUGCGCCAGAGAGCAAGACUGUGCUUAGCAUUGGCCCCGCACCGCUGAAAGCUAUUGACGAGAUCUCGGGACACCUCAAGCUCUUGUAG